CCCCGGUUUACCACGGGGGGAAUGGGGGGGUGGGGGCCCGGGGGGGGGGCCCGGUGCCCCCUCACCACCGCCCCCGGGAACGGAUCCGGAGUUGGGGGAGAAGAUGAGCAGCGAGGCGUUGUGGCUUUUCAAGCAGCUGAACUUCCACCUGGAGCAGGAGGGGCGGUUUCAGCCCCGCGAGAAGGGGCUCAGCCUCAUCGAGGGGGCCGCCGAGAAUGAAAAUACUCUGUGUCCAAGACAAAGGAAUGCCAAGGUGGAAGAUCUUUGGAGUCUGACCAACUUUUUUGGUUUUGCAACUGAAACGUUUGUUUUGGCUGUUAACAUUCUGGACAGAUUCUUGGCUCUUAUGAAGGUGAAACCGAAGCAUUUAUCUUGCAUUGGAGUUUGUUGUUUCCAGUUGGCUGCCCGAGUAGUCGAAGAAGAAUGCAAUAUUCCAUCUGCUCAUGAGAUCAUCCGGAUCAGCCAAUGUAAAUGCACUGUGUCUGACCUGAAACGGAUGGAAAAGAUAAUUUCAGAAAAGUUGCACUUUGAAUUUAAAGCUACUACUGCCUUAACCUUCUUGCACUUGUACCAUACUAUUGUACUCUGUCAUACCUCAGAAAGGAAAGAAGUAUUGAAUCUUGACAAAUUGGAAGCACAGCUAAAAGCUUGCAACUGCCGUCUUGUCUUUUCUAAAGCAAAACCCUCUGUCUUGGCCUUGUGCCUUCUCACUCUAGAAGUCCAGACUUUGAAAUCUGUUGAGCUGUUUGAGAUCCUUCUGCGUGUUCAAAAGCAUUCUAAGAUAAGUGAUAGUGACCUACUUUACUGGAGGGAGCUGGUCUCGAAAUGCCUAGCAGAAUAUUCUUCUCCUGAAUGUUGCAAGCCCGAUCAUAAAAAACUAGUUUGGAUUGUUUCAAGACGUACAGCCCAGAACCUACAAAACAGUUACUACAGUGUUCCUGAGUUGCCAACGAUACCAGAGGGUGGAUGUUUCAAUGAAAGCGAGAGUGAAGACUCCUGUGAAGAUAUGAGCAGUGGAGAAGAAAGCCUUAGCAGUUCUCCUCCGAGUGAUCUGGAAGGCACCUUCUUCUUUGAACUCAAACCUAAAACAAAAUGGCAAGCUCUUAGCUGUCGGUCAUAGCGUUAAGUCUUGAUUGUAUUAGGUUCAGGUUACUAAUGCACCAUGGAGUCUUUUGGCAAUAAUGAGGUGGUAAUCUGUAAACUGUAUUAAUGCAAGAAUUGCUGUGGUAUAUCAAUGCUUUGAAUGCCUGCCUUGGUUUUUUUUGUUGUUGUAAUUCUAAGGAACUAAAAAAAAUCACGUUCAGGUCCCCAGUUCAGCAAAAAAGUUCAUGUAUAGUUCUGUUGUUAACAAGCAUAAAUGUAGUCCUGUACCUGGUGGUCCAAAAUGCUUAGCAGCUAAACACAUUAGCAGUGUGCCCUGGCAGCAAUGAAGGCUGAUGGCGUACUGGGCUGUGUUAACAGGAGCAUAGCUGAUAGAUUGAGGGAAGUAGGGUUUUUUUCCUCCUGCUAUUUGGCGUUCAUUCUCAUCUGCAACAGCGUCCAGUUUUGGGCUCAAGGCGUUGAUCAGCUUGUGCAAGUCCACCAGGAAGCUGCCAAGAUGGUUAAGGGUUUUGGGGCACAGGACCUGUGAGGAGAGGUUAAGCGAAAUGAGCUUAUUCAGUGGCAAAGUGGCCUUUGGGGGGAAAAUGGAAUGGAACCAGCAGCCUUUUGGUACCUAAGAGGAGGUUGCUGAGGAGGAGGUGAUUUCAAGGUUUUGUUUGAGAAGCAUGGAGCAAGAAUGAGAGGCUUUCGUUAAAUCAAAACGUGGAUUUCUCAGUUAAUGGAAGAAGUUUGCUCCAUGGGGACCAUCAAGCAUGGGAGUGGACCAAGAUGGGCUGUGCAGUCUUUGUCCUGGGAGAUUCUCAGGAUUCAACGUAACAAAACCCUGAGUGUGGUUGAAUUUGUUGUUGACUUUGCUUUGAGCAGGAGGUUGGACUAGAGUCCCCUUGAGGGCACCUCCACUCUUCAGUGUUUUGGGAUUAGAUCAAAUGGGCUGAGUAGGUUAUGUGGCGUGGUAUGUGUACAUAGUACCAGGCUGAAAUCAUUUCCUGUCAAAUGGACCAAAUACUGAAACGGUUUUAACAUUUUACAUGCUGUGGUCCUUUUCAGCAGGAUUUUGAGUUGUGUACUCCAAGUAGAUUUUUUUAAAGCUUGGUUUCUAUAAACUUCAGGAAUCCCUAUUUCACAAUAGGAGUAUGCAUGGCAAGAAGGAGGUUUUUGGUUAAGGCUAGUUUUCACUAAAGGGUAGUAUAAAGUGUGUGGCAGGGAGUUACUUCAUAUUUUCUGCAAUACAGAUGUUUUCACACUGAAAUUCACAUGGUAUACUUCAGUGUGUUUUAAAUCUUAACUGUUAACAUGUCAAUCCAUACUAUUAGCUUAGACUUAUUAACACGGUAAAUCUUGAUAAGUCUACAUUCCUUUUAAUAUUUAACCCUUGUAGUUGUUUUUCAGUAUAUUCAUGUUAUUGAUUGAGUCAUAACCAGACUUGUUUGCAUGCUUACGUAAAGCAGUUAGUGCAGGAAGAGUUGAUAUUAUGCAGUAAUAUCAGGUAAAUGUGAUGUUGAUGAAGUAGUUAAUGUAAUCGUUUUUUCCGAACUUUUUUAUUGAAGCACAAAUUGAAGUAUGAUUGUGUUUCUCCGUAUCGAGAACAUGGCUAGGUAGGAAGUGGACUAAUUAGUUCAGAAUAAUGGUGUGAAGUGUGUUGGUGCCAAAGUAGAAAUGAAGGAGCAAACAAGCUAAAGGCUGUUUUGUAGAUGCAAGCAUUGUUUUAGAAUGGUAAGAGAGGUGCCGUAAGUUCAUAACUGUUAUGUGAUUUAAGUUUUAUAAAAAUACAAAAAGUUUACAAAAAUGUAUAUAAAAAUGUAAAUUAAAAAAUGUACAGAAAAAAUUUAAAACAAAAAAUGAGCAGAAAAUACUGUAUUUUUUUACAUUGUAUGUAACUUUUUGUAGGUAUGUUGCAUGUAGAUAGUAAUUUAUUGUGUACUCUGUAUGAUAUAAAUACUGUACAUCUGAAGACGUCUUACUGCAAGCUGCUGCGCCUGGACGCUCAGUUCUGAAAUGGAGUACUUUGGUUGCAGGUAACAAACCUACUCAGUCUUGUUUCAGUUGAGAACAAAAAUAAACCAAGUGCUGUGUUUGUUAA